CACUUCUUCAAUCCGUCAGCCAUCGACUUCCUUCACUUCUUGAACUGACCACGUAGAUUCUGGUCGAUUCAAAAGAAAAUUACAACAAUGAACACUCCAGUAUCUCAAGAACGAUCCAUCUCGAAUGACCCAUCAUCCUCUACCUCAUCCUCAUCUUCCACUUCUACACCUACGUCUCCAUUUUCUCCCUGUCAAUCAUCUGAAUCUUCCAUUCCUACCAUUCCGAAACCUGUCAUACUCAGUAAUAAAAAAUCAACAAGUUCUAUCAAACGUAAACCCGUCCCUAUUUCUCAAGAAGAUAUAACCCUUCAAAUAACAUCUUUACAAGGAACCAUCCCCUCUAUCUCUACUUCCGUUACGGAGAAUUCAUCAAAUGAGAUCCCACCACCAAUUUAUGUCCUUCCUAUCGACCCUCCCAGACUAUCACAGGAGUCAAAUACAUCAUUACCUCCUUCUUAUAUCGGCGCACCGGUUGAAACACGUGAAGACGAACCGGCGGAGAGAUUGGUAGAGCCACAAGUGGUAGGAAUGGGUUUAAAUAGGGAUAUGUCUUUUGAAUCUUUACCUACUUAUGCCGAGGAGAAUCAGACAGAGUCAAAUACGUUAGCUACGGGUUUAUGGAAAUAUGGGUUUUUUUGUCCUUUGUUAUGGAUUAUAGGAACUUGCAUACUCUGCAUCCCUUUAACCCCACCAGAAGAAGAAACCGACCCAGAGAAAGCUCAAAAGGUGCAAGAGAUCAUCACUAUUCUCAGAGCUACCGAAUUGAAAUACGCCAAACGUUGCGCUUAUAGUCUUGCCGCUUUCGUCCUUCUCAUCGCCAUCAUCGUCGUCAUUGUAGCUGUCGUCGUUUCCCGUUAG